CAAUUAAUUAUGCGUAAAUUAAAUUAAAGGUCUAUUCUUUUAAGAUCUAUUCUAUUAUUAUAGGUCUAUUUUAUAUAUAGUGCAACUUGAUUCAUUUAUAAAGAACAGACUUAAUGUGUGUUAUGAUUUUUUGUUCCUCAAAUAAAUAGAUAUCAAUUUCUUUUUCAAAAUCUUUCUUUCCUUUGCCCUAAAAAUCGAUUAAAAAUCAGAUAAAAUUGAGUAAUCAAUUACUAAUUGAAUCUAAGAUCGCUGCGAUAGAUCGUCUCUUGUCAUACAAAUUCGCAAGGGAUACGUCAAACUCGGUUUGAGCAAUUUUUGCGGACGAGUUUUGCAAUUUAAGCAAAAUGAAUUUGGGAAGAGUGGCUGGUUUGAAUAUUUUCAACAAAGUUCGACAAUUCGAAACAUUGGCCAAGCCUGCUGGUUUACUCGUACGAAGAUGUGGUCCAACGCAAUUUCCCAAACCUACGUCUAGCUUUGCAAAUCUGAAUCGCUGUGCAAUUGCUAAUACCAGUAAUUGCUCGAAAUAUCGUAUCUUAUCUAAGCUGCCUGCACGAUUGACAGUCAAUAUAAGUCAAGCUCGUGCAGCAAGCGCGCGCCAUGGUGAUCAUGUACGUACAUGGGUGAUGGAGAGACUGGUUGCUGUAUCUUUCCUGGCGCUAAUACCUGCCGCACUGAUGUUUGAAAAUAAAGUUAUCGAUGCGGCAUUAGCAAUUAAUAUUGUCAUGCAUUUUCACUGGGGGCUGGAGGCUAUCAUAAUCGAUUACGUACGGCCCAUCGUAGUAGGUACAAUAGCACCAAAAAUUGCGGCUUUAGCGUUAAAUCUACUUUCCGCCGCCACUCUCGCUGGAUUGCUUCUACUCAUCUACAACGGUCCUGGCCUUGCAAAGGUGAUCAAGCAAGGAUGGGCGAUAAAUGGCAAACGCAAAGCUGAUUAAAGAUACAUCAGUGAUACCGAAGUAAAGAAAGAAGAUCGUGUUAUGUGCUAACAACUUUCUAACAACUUGUAAAUUGUUCUGAAAUAAAUUAUUUCUUAUUCAACA